GCGACCGGCGCAUAAGGAGGUUGGUCGGUAAAACGUGGUGAAUCAACUUUGUAAGAUCAAAAUGGACCCUAAGAUGGACCCACCGAGGAUUGGUUUCAUUGGUGCAGGGAAUAUGGCUUUUGGCAUCGCAAAGGGCAUAUUAUCAGGGAAUGUUCAUCCUGUAAAUGUCAAAGUAAGUGCACCAUCUCUCAGGAACCUGGGACGCUUUCAGGAGCUAAACAUCACCACCACUCACUCCAACACAGAGGUUGUCUGCAGUUCAGAUGUAGUCGUCAUUGCCGUCAAACCUCACGUGGUUCCACUUGUUCUCAAUGAAAUCUCGCAGCACGUAACUCACCGGCACGUGAUUGUGUCUGUUGCAGCGGGAGUCACUCUGGCGACGUUAGAGGAGUUGCUGCCGUUGGGUUCAGUUGUCAUCAGGCUGAUGCCAAACCUUCCAUGUGUGGUUCUGGAAGGUGCCCUCUUAUUCGCACGGGGGACUUGUGCGACACAAGACCAUGGCGCCAUGUUGCGCUCCUUGUUGCAUCACUGUGGUUUGGUAGAGGAAGGACCUGAGGCCUGGAUCGACAUCCAUACUGGACUCAGUGGGAGCGGCGUCGCCUUUGUGUACCUGUUUGCAGAGGCGCUGGCAGAAGGAGCUGUUAAAAUGGGCAUGCCCAGCGCUUUGGCCCACAGCGUUGCAUCUCAAACUGUUCUGGGUGCUGGUCGAUUAUUACACGACUCCGAUAAGCAUCCGGCUCAGCUUCGUUCUGAGGUGUGCACUCCAGGCGGGACGACAAUCUAUGGGCUUCACGCUCUGGAGCAAGGAGGCUUGAGAGCAGCAGCCAUGGGUGCGGUGGAGUCGGCCACCGAGAGAGCGAGGGAGCUUGGCCGGGUGUCUGCAGCGGCCGGAAACAGGAAAUGACGACUUCUGCCUGCUUU